GUUACGACGUAUGAUCUACUUCAAUGUUUUUUUUUUUUUAAUACGAUAUAUGUUUUUAUUCAGGUUACCUUACUAAUGAAUUCUAUAAAAUACAAUAUAUAUAAUUUUAUUUCGUAAUGUUUUUAUAUUGGCUCAGUUUGGAGGGUUUUAUUUUUGUUAGAAUUGAAAAAGAAUUUUAAAUUCAAGAUGCCUCAACUCGAAAACCAAUCUCAGAAUUGUAUGGCAUAUGCAUUAUUUGAUAAUGUACCAGACUCUCCAGAUGAACUUGAAUUCAAUAAGGGAGACCUUCUGACCGUUCUAGAGCAAAAUGUAGCUAAUAUAGAAGGAUGGUGGUUAUGUUCUCUGAGAGGAAGACAGGGCAUAUGUCCAGGAAAUAGACUUCGCUUAUUACCUAAUAUCUACGAUAUUCCGCAAAGGGAUUUUUCUUCUGUUGAUUCUUCAUUGUUUCAUAGGACUAAUGGCAGGAGGCUACAACAAGAACAGAUCUCACUGUCCCGGAGGUCCAACGAUGAGAUCGGCUAUUACGACAUGCCAAACCGUUGCUCACCACUACAGCACCACCACAACCUGUCGGCGGCGUCGCCACGUUCAGUCGGUCCUGACUACGACGUGCCGCCGUCCAGACAUGUGACAUUGGGCACCAGUCCGGGAUGCGCCAGGUGCUCUUCCGCCUCCCCCUCUUCAGUGUCUCCAGUGAUAAGAGACGGGGAGGCCUACGACGUCCCGAGGCCCCACAACCAACACCUGAAUCAACUGACCCCCUCCAGCUCCGCUAGCUCUUUGACAGCGGACUCCAUGUCAUCCUCGAACCGCAGCAGUAUGGCCAACAUGCCAGACUACGACGUCCCCAAACCCCACCCAAAAGGACCCCAGUUGGUGCUCCAUCCCUCCCAGUUGUACGACGUACCGCCCUCUCACAACCCCAAAGAGUUGCCGUUGGAACUGAACUCAGCCCUGGAGAACCUAGAGAGACUCGAGACCGAUACCACCAGCUCGAUAAAAAAACUGUUGGGUUUCGUAGGCCCCGGGUGGAGAAACAAGGGAAGAUUGAGCGACACGCUGUACGACAUCAAAUUGGCCGUGACCAGACUACAGAAUUCCCUGCACGAAUUGGCCGAAUUCAGCGAGGGUACCUUAGGAAACGCCACCAAAGCAUCCGACAAAAAUCUGGCCCUCAAGUUGGCUCCACUGGUCGUAAGUCUGAAGAAGUCGUACUACACGGUGAACGAAGCAGCUGCAAAGCUUGCAGGCACCAAUUGGAGCCUGGAAGCCCUUGUGGUGAGCGAAGACCAGGAGGAUAGGUACGUACCAGAUGCUUUAGAUAUCUUGGUGUCGUGUUCCAAAGCUCUCAUCGAAGACAUACGUCAAAUCACUUCCUUCAUCCAAGGCAACGGCUUGUUGCUCUUCAAGAAAGACUCGGUUAACGAUUGGACCAACGAAUACGAUUAUCUACAACUGAAUACCAGAGGCGAUAACGGGAAAGAAUGCCGGAAGAGGUUCGAACUGAUAGAGAACCAAGACGAAGACCUAUCGGACAACUUGAUGAACUUGGACAGUAACGAUCGUAAAAUUUUGAGCUUCCUCGGCGGGCAGUACGUAAAUAACCACAAGAAACUCAUGGUGGCUAUAGAUGCGUUUCUGUACACGGUGGAACGCAAUCAACCGCCCAAGGUCUUCCUGGCUCACAGCAAGUUCGUUGUGCUCAGCGCACACAAGUUGGUUCACAUCGGGGACACCGUGUAUAGGAAUGUAGGUUGCAAGGAGAUCAAAGACAGUGCUCGGACCUAUUCCAACGCUCUGUCUGACGUGCUGGCGAAGAGUGUGAUGAAGACAAAACAGGCAGCCUUGCAGUUUCCAACAGUGACAGCAGUACAGGAGAUGGUCGACAGCGUGUUGGACAUUUCCCAUGCAGCUAACAACCUGAAGAUGUGUUUGCUGCAAGCCACGGCAAACUUUUUGUAAGUGUAGUAUAUAAUGUUAGGUGAAAUCAUUGUGUGUAAAAAUUUCAUUCGCCCUAUCCGUUUGUUCUUGGAGUUUUUAGAAUGUUCAAGGGAUUUUUGUUAUUCAACACAUAUGGUCACUUAUUGUUAUUAUCAUCUAGUUGAUUGCGAAUGAAUGUUUUUUUUUUGAGCUAGAGAUCAAGAAAAAAAAGGUUUUGUGAUGGGGAGAUUGGUGAAAGUAGGU